AUGGGGGAUGAGCCACAAAAUGUGACAGAAUUUGUCCUCCUGAGCCUCACUCAGGAUCCUGGGGGCCAAAAAGGAUUAUUUGUCAUAUUUUUACUCAUUUACAUUGUGACAAUGGUGGGCAACCUGCUCAUUGUGGUGACUGUUCUUGCCAGCCCCUCCCUGGGCUCCCCUAUGUCCCUCUUCCGUCUGUCACUCGUGGAUGUGGGUUAUUCAACUGUCAUUUCACCCAAAUUGAUCAUAGACUUACUCCAUGGUCAAAAGACAAUUUCCUUCCCAGCUUGCACGGGACAGCUCUUUUUGGAAUACCUCUUUGGGGGUGCUGGGGUCUUCCUUCUGAUGGCAAUGGCCUCUGAUCGCUAUGUGGCCCUCUGUAAGCCACUGCACUACAUAACCAUCAUGAACAGACAGGUUUGCAUCCUGCUGUUGGUGGUGGCCUGGGUUGGAGGUUUUGUGCAUUCUGUCAUCUAACUUCUCUUUGUGUACAGCCUCCUCUUUUGUGGCCCCAAUGUCAUUGACCACUUCAUCUGUGAUAUGUACCUACUGUUGGAACUUGCCUGCACCAACACCUACUUUGUAGGCCUUACUGUGGUUGCCAAUAGUGGAGCCAUCUGUAUGGUCAUGUUUAUUUUUCUGCUAAUGUCCUAUGAGAUCAUCCUAAAUUCCCUUAAAACUCACAGUCGGGAAGACAGGCACAAAGCCCUGUCUACCUGCAGUUCCCACAUUGCAGUGGUUGUUCUCUUUUUUGUUCCCUGCAUUUUAACGUAUGUUAGACCUGUGUCUAAUUUCUCCACUGAUAAAUUCAUAAUUGGGUAUACUGUUAUCACUCCCAUGUUGAAUCCUUUAAUAUACACUUUGAGAAAUUCAGAAAUGAAAAAUGCUAUGAAAAAACUCUGGUGUAAGAUGUUAGCUAUAGAUAAAAUGAGAAUGUGUCACUCACAGUGA